AUGAGCAUCUUAGGUAUUAUAACAGACAUUGUGGAUUGUAUCAAUACUCUGCAGUCUACUUUACAAAGGCCCAAAGUCGAAGACAAUUGGGGUCCUGAACUACAAACUCUAGAGGGCCAUUCAGAUUGGAUUGAAACAGUUACCUUCUCACCAGACGGCCGGCUACUGGCAUCUGGCUCUAAUGAUACAACCAUCAAGCUCUGGGAUCCUGCCAGCGGUGGUCUCAAACAGACGUUGGAGGGCCAUUCAAGUUCAGUACAGUCAGUGGCCUUCUCACCGAAUGGCCAGCUGCUGGCAUCUGGCUCUAGUGAUACAACCAUCAAGCUCUGGAAUUCUGCCAGCGAUAGCCUCAAGCAUACUAUGGAGGGCCAUUCAGAUAGGGUUGAAUCGGUGGCCUUUUCACCAAAUGGCCAGCUCUGGAAUCCUGCCAUUGGCAGUCUCAAGCACACGAUAGAGGGCCAUUCAGAUUGGGUUCUGUCUGUAGCUUUUUCACCAGAUGGUCAGCUCCUGGCAUCUGGGUCUGCUGAGAAGACCAUCAAACUCUGGGAUUCUGCCACUUGUGGCCUCAAGCACACUUUAGGGGGCCAUUCAAAUUGGGUUCUGCCAUUGGUCUUCUCACCAGACGGUCGGCUACUGGCAUCUGGCUCUAAUGAUGCAACCAUCAAGCUCUGGGAUCCUCCCAGCGGUAGCCUCAAGCAUACCCUAGAGGGCCAUUCGAAUAAAAUCGAGUCCUUGGCAUUCUCACCAAAUGGCCAGCUGCUGGCAUCUGGCUCUAGUGACGCAACCAUUAAGCUCUGGGAUACUGCCACUGGUAGCUUCAGGCACACUCUAAAGGGCCAUUCAGAUAUGGUUUUAUCAGUGGUCUUCUCACCAGACAGCCAGCUCCUGGAAUCUGGCUCUGGUGAUAAUACUAUCAAGCUCUGGGAUCCUGCCACUGGCAUUCUCAAACAUAGUAUGAGAACUCCUGGCAUUGUUAGGAGCAUUGAAUUCUCCAUAGAGCUGCCUCAGCUUAUUACCAACCUGGGAACUUUUAGUAUUCAAGCCUGGCAUACAGGCUACCCAUCAAGAUCUUCUGGAAAAAAGACUGCAGUCUCUGUACAGCGAAAUCGUUGGGUUGCUAUUCAAGGCCAAAAGGAAUUAUGGAUCCCUCCCGAAUAUCAACCUAUCUCUUCAGCAGUCCAAGACAGUUCUAUAGCGCUUGGCUGCAAAAACGGCCAGAUUAUCUAUCGCCAUACCGUCGAGCUCCGUAUUUUGUCAGAACAGACUAGCAUAGUUUGGCGUAAAGAUUCGAAACCCAAUACAUGA